AUGUGGGACAUAUUAGAAGUUAGCCAUGAGGAAACUAAUGAAGUCAAACAAGCUAGGAUCAAUACCUUGAAUCUAGAGUUUGAACUAUUUCGCAUGAAGCAUGGUGAAACCAUUGCCGACAUGCAAAAGAGGGAAUGGCAACCCAAGGUCACCAUAAUCAAAGAAACGAAUGAUCUUAAAACACUUGAUCUCACAACUUUAUUUGGAAAGCUAGAAGAACAUGAGCAAGAACUCACUUUCUUGGAAAACAUGAAAAAGAGCAUGGGAAGAAGUUCAAAGUCCUCAAACAACGAGCAGAGUGACUGUGAAACAAGAGAUGACAAGAAUUUAGAUGAUGAAGAGAUGGAGUUGUUCAUCAAAAGGUACCAAAGGUAUAUAAGGAAAAAUGGAGUCAAGCACUCCGACAAGAAACUAAAAAAAUUUAGAAGGCUAUCUAACUCUUUAAAGGAAGAUGAGAAUAAGAAGGGUAAACUUAUAAGUUCAUGUUGCAAUUAUGGAGAAGUCGGUCAUUAUAGGACGAAUUGUCAUAUGAUGAAGAAAGACAAAGAGAAAGGCUAUUACAAGAAAUCUAGCAAGUCUAGAAUAGCAUAUGUUGUUUGGGAGAGUGAAAGUGAUUCUUCAAGUGAUGAAAGCUCAAGUUCAAGUGUCAAAUUGUCCCCUUUUGAAAAUCUACAUAGAGAAGUCGUAUACACUUUUAAAAAUUUAGCUUCACACAAAAGAAUCUUUUCAAACAUAGAAGCUAAAGCUUUAGAAACCGAAAAGAAGAUGGAAGCUCUUAAGAAAUAUAUGGUAGAUAUUCAAAAAGACAAUAAUGAGGAUGAAGAACCUUCAUGGUUUGGUUGUGAGACUUGUCACAUUUGGCAAAAAGCAGUAAAUACUCUUCAAGCUAAAUUGGACAAAACAUUACAACAAAAUAUUACAUUUUCUAUUGAUCCAUCAAAGUAUGAACGGUCUUUGAACCCUUCAUAUAAAAAGUAUAAAUAUGUUCAAAAGGACUUAAAUAGAAAAAUUACAUCUCAUCACAACUAUCUUGUAAUUAUUGUUGCAAGAAAGGUUGAAUGUCUUGGCUCUACGGAGAAAAUUUGGUUUCUUGAUAGUGGAUGCUCAAGACAUAUGGGUGACAUAUCUCUAUUAAUUGAUUUUGUGUCAAAUAAGAAGGGGUUCAUUACUUAUGGAGACAACAACAAGGGAGAAAUACUUGAAAAAGGUAGUGUAGGUAAUCCCUCGUCUACUACUAUUUCCGAUGUUAUGUUAGUUGAUGGUGUUAAACAUAACCUCCUUAGCAUUAGUCAACUAUACGACAAGGGCUUUAAAGUUACUUAUACAAAUACUUGUUUCUUGUUUGAACAUAAUGAAAAUAAGGAUUGUAUGUUUAAAGGCUUUAGGGUUAAUAACACAUAUAUUCUUAACUUAGAUGAUGUAUCAUUGGAUAAUCUUGGUAAGUUUCAUGCGAAAGUCGAUGAAGGUAUAUUCCUUGGAUACUCUCAAUCUAGAAAAGCUUAUAUGGUUUAUAACAAAAUAUUACUUAUUGUUGAAGAGUCGGUACACGUCACUUUUGAUGAAUCUUAUCCGAGAAAUGUCGGGAAAUGUGUUUCUUUUCAUGAAAAAGGAAUUAAUCAUCCUAAAGCGGUGGAACAUGAGAAAGAAGAAGAUAAAAAUUGUGAAUAG